AUGGCAGUGUUUCACGAUGAGGUGGAGAUUGAGGACUUCCGGAGUGAUGAGGACUCACAGUGGUAUGUCUACCUCUGCCCAUAUGGGGAUAACUUCUCCAUCACCAAGGAAGAUUUGGAGAAUGGAGAAGACAUGGCAAAAUGUCCUAGUUGUUCUCUCAUUAUAAAAGUGAUUUAUGACAAAGAUCAGUUUAUGUGUGGAGAAAAAAAUACCAGCACCUUCCACCAACAAAGAAUUAGUUAA